AUGUCGUCCGGCUCCGCCUCCGCGUCGGAUGCACGCCGCAAGGCCGAGAUCGAGGCGAAGAAGGCCAAGCUUCAGGAGAUCCGGCGGCAGCGCGAGGAACGUGCACAGCGUCUCAAGUCGUCCUCGGCCGCGCUCCCGGAAGCGUCUUCGUCGACUUCAGCCCGAAAGGACCUCGAUGACCUCGUCAACUCGCUCAUCUCGGCGCCCACAUCCUCGCGCGGCUCACGCGCCUCGCUCGUAGGGCCCUCGAGCAUCGACUAUCCGCCCUCGCCCCGCCGCAGCCUGCUCGGAACGCGCGUGCCCAGCACCGCCGACCCAGCCUCGUCCGACUUUGGCAGCGAGUCCGAGAUCCCCCCCUCCACACCCGGGGCUGGCCAAGCCGCACCCGCCGCUUCCGCGCUCGGUGAUGUGGGGCCUCGCGCGGCACCCGAGCUGAUCGACGUCGAGACGGAGCUGUACGAGCUGCCGCAACGACAACGUGUCUUCUACACCAAGGAAGUGCAGACCGCCACGCUGGGCGACUCUUCCGACGACGACCAUCACGGACCCUCUGGGGGUGUCGGUGCAGAGGCACGCACGCGCGAGACCGAGCAGACGAUCCGCGCGCAGAUCCUCGCCGAGCACGCCGCCGAGCUCGCCGCGCGCCAAGAGGAAGCGCGGCUGGAGCGCGAACUCGCCCAGCAGCUGCGCGAGCUCACCGACGACGAGCGGCUCGCCGUCUACGCCGCACACGACUUUGGCGAGUUCGUCGAGCGCUCCACCAAGAUCGUCGAGCGCGCCCUCACCGACACGUACGACGUGCUGCGCGACUACCGCCUUGCCGACGACGACCUGCUCGACAGCACCGCCGGCUCGCAGCUGCGUCUCGUCCGCACGUUCGGCGCGGCGGAUAAGAUGUUCGCAGGGCGAAGUAUCACGGCGAUCGACUGGAGCGCCAAGUUCCCCGAGCUGUGUGCGGUCGCGUACAGCCGCACCGAGCACGAAGAGUCGCCCGACGGACUCGUGGCCGUGUGGAACAUGCACCUUGCCGACCGGCCCGAGUUUGUCUUUCACGCACAGACCGAUGUGCUCAGUGUAUGCUUCUCGCCGUUUCACGCCACGCUCGUCGUUGGCGGGACGUACAGCGGCCAGAUCCUCGUGUGGGACACGCGGGCACGCUCGCUGCCCGUGCUCAAGACGCCUCUCUCGGCCGCGGGGCACACGCACCCCGUGUAUGGGCUGCGCAUCAUCGGCAGCGCCAACGCGCACCACCUCGUCUCGGCGUCUACCGACGGCACGGUCUGCUGGUGGAUGCUCGACAUGCUCGCGCGCCCACAGGAAACGCUCGAGCUGGUCAACACCGCACACGCCAAAACCGACGAAGUUGCCGUCACCGCACUCGGGCUGGGCGAGCAGGACACGACGUCGUUCCUGGUGGGUUCUGAAGACGGCGCGAUCUAUGCGGGGAAUCGGUACGACCGGGCAGGACUCAAGGCGGGGUUGAAUGCGGCCGAGGUGUACCGGGCGCACGCGGCACCGGUGACGUCGAUCCACUGCCACCCGCUCACGGGCGCCGUGGACUUUUCCGACCUCUUCCUCACCGCCUCCAUGGACUGGACCGCGCGGCUGUGGCGUCAGACGCCUACUGGUGGCGUGCCUAUUCGGAGCUUCGAAGAGUCGAACGACUACGUGUACGAUGUGCGCUGGUCGCCCACGCAUCCUUGCGUCUUUGCGCACGUCGAUGGUGCGGGCAAACUGGAUGUGUUUGACCUCAACACCGAUGUCGAGCGACCGGUUGCCAGUGCCACCCCGGGCAAGCGCGCACUGAACCGACUCGCGUGGUCGCGCACCGGUCGAAACCUUGCCACUGCUGGCGCCGAGGGCGUGGUGUACAUCUACGAAGUUGCUGAUACGCUCGCCACUGCGACCGACGACGAUGUACACAGUUUCCAGCGCGUCCUUGCGCGUCUGCUCUCGUCGUAA